GGCCCUGAGUUUGUAGUCGAUUUGCUAAUCAGACUUGUCGUUUUCUUAAUAAAGUCACGAUCGUUUUUUUAGCUGAGAAAGAAAAAUGGGGAAAAAAAAUAAAUCCAAAAAGUAUCGAAAGAAAGAUCCUCUUCCUCCAACUUUGGAAGAACCUGAAACUCAACCUGCUGAGUCUUCAGAGGUCGUCGAGGAGAAGGUUCCUGAGCCCAAGGAAACUCCUCCGGAGAUGAACUCGGAGGCUACCAAGGAGCAGGUGGAACGGAUCUGGGCUUUGGCCACCAUUCCACUUCGUUUGGAUAAGCAGAUCCUGUGCAUUAAGGAUGUCCAACAGCAGCUUUUCAAGUUGCACCUGCACCAGAUGACGCUCCUCGAUGGCUGCACCGAAUUCCUCCAGGAACUUAAUGCCGUGCAGCCGAGCAAUGCCCUCGAGGCGGAGCUGAUCAUGAACACGUUUGGCGAGGUCAAGUCCAAGUUAUCGCAGGUCUUCGAACACUUUCUGCCCGCUCAGUUGGAUAUGCUGAAGCACGAAAUGAAGAUUUUGCAAGUGACCAGCAAGGAGAUCUCCAAAUAAUUUGAUAUUCUUGAUUUGUUUUUAAAGCAGAAUAAAAGAAUACCUUUUAAAAAAGCGUUACCUUAAAA